UGAUUAUUUGACGGGGUUUUAAAAGUCGAAUUUCCAAAGAACAACUCUUUAGUUCAAUUGGCAGGACUUUCUGGGGCUCAAGCGCACAUAGACUUCUUUUCGACCGACCAACAGAUCUACUGACAGCAUUUCAUGAAUCAGUGGUUGUUCACAAAAGACGAGCUCUACCAGAUGCCGUCCAUCGUCAAUGAUGGCAUGACUUUUGAGGAAGAACGAUUAUCGAGAUUACGAGGUUGCUGCUUCAUUCAAAUUAUAGGCUGUCGUCUGGAAGUUCCCCAAGUGACUAUAGCAACGGCAACGUCAUAUUUCCAUCGAUUUUAUGCGCGGAAUUCUUUCAAAAGUUAUGAUUAUGAGUAUGUUGCUGCUACGUGUGUUUACCUUGCGGGCAAGGUUGAAGAAUCCUCGCGGCAACUGAAAGACGUGGUUACUGCGUGUAUCAUUAGUCGAAAAACUCACAGUGACGAGAAAGGCAAGAUCUAUGCACAAUGGCAAGAAGCGAUUCUCUGGUAUGAACAGUUUUUGGUCGAAACGCUUUGCUUUGAUCUGUCAGUCGAUCAUCCGCAUCAGUUGAUCCUGGAAUUUGCUGAAGAAGUCGAUGCACCGGCGCUUGUUGCUCAGUACGCAUGGGCGUUUGCCAAUGAUAGUUUACGACAACCGUUAUGCCUGAUUUACCAUCCGCAAAUGGUGGCAGCCGCAUGUAUCUUGUUAGGAUAUCAAACGGUGGGAGUGGAUUUUCCUGAAAGCACCGAUACCAUUUGGGGACAGACAUUGGAGCAAGAGUUUGAACUUUUGACAGCUAUUGUCAGUGACAUUGCCGCAGUAUACAGUAUCUCCGACGCUGUUGAAAAAGCCAGGAAAUCCUCGUCUUCAGAUCAUCACAAUUCUGGUUCAUCACACCGAAACGGCCAUGCUGUAGCACCAACCAGCAACGGGCAUCGACGGGAAAAAGAAGCAGAUUCACGAUAUGUCAGACAUCACACAUGAUCUGAUGUCCUGAUUUUGUUCGUCGGUAUUUGUCAUCCGUCAGACAUUCUUUACUUGCCCUGUUGGCUUGACAUCAUUCAACGGAUUUACAUAUGUAUCAUAUCUUUUUUUACUUGGCAUAAUUUUUUAUUGUAUGUAAAAAAAACCUUAUUCAUCGCCAUGAUAAUCUUCGGAUUGGAUCUCCUUGAUCUACCGGUUCAAUUCUAUCUUUUCUCUCUUUCUCUCUCUUUUCCUCGCAUUGCACUGUACAUACAAAUUGAUCCGUUGGUUUUUUUCCCAUUUGUUCUUCAC